GUCUUGGUAUUCGUGACAUGAAUCUUCAGUAAUCUAACGGCUAAGCGGAGCAUCUCGGCGCGUGUGACACAUGAUCCGGAGAUAGCGUACCUAGCAUUGUGCGUAUCUUUCAGCCCGCUAGCUCCAGGUCACAGACAGCCAGAUGAGUCCCGUUCUCUCACUCGUUGCUCAUCUCCCCCUCAUGGCCAUGCUCUGCCCCCAUCUACAUCCAAGUCCAAGCAUUACCUCUCAGACAUUACCGUCUCUCUACCGGGAUGUCGGCGAUCAUGGUUAAACCAGCGAUAAAUACCCGGAGAACAUUUUUUCCAAAUCGCCGAAGAGUUUGUCCGAGGGUUAUACAGUUAUUAUCUACAGUCUCUGCUCUGCGUCGACAUCAGCAGUCAGAUACCGGAGUCCGUAGCUCAACAUGUCCACCAUGGCCUCUCUAGCUCGAUAUCACGCUUUCAUACCGCGGAUCCUCGCACCGGUCCACCCACUCUUGCCAUUUGGAGCUCUGGACCUCUUUGGAUCAUUGAGAUUAUCCAUGGUGGUGAAUUGGGCCGCGUCCGGAGCAUUUGACCAGCAGCCCGUACCGAUGCAAGUCAAUGGUGAUGUCCACGAGAAGUCAAACGGAGUGAGCAGCAAAAAGUCUAAGAAGACUUGUCGAGCUCGUGCGGGAUUGCUGCAAGAGCUCUUGGGUAUAUCCGUCAUUGUCUUUGGAGGAGAAACAUUUCUCUGUGCACUGUCGGGCACCACUCCCUCGUGGCUGAUUGACCCAAAGCUUUUGCUCUUGUUUUGGACGGCUCACACACUGCAAACCCGAACACCCCUGAUCCACUUUCUUCCGUCCAAACCUAGCUUUAUUCCAGAGCUCCUCCUAUCCGUCCCAGAUGGAAUCGGUAGAGCGCUUCUCCUGACUCGGUUCUCCGUCGUACCUCUUCUUCGUCCGCUCUCAGCAACAUCUUUACCUGCCACACCAUCCACCUUGAUCCUGACCCCCUUCAUCCUCGCCGUCCCAUUCGCAGCCAUCGCAUUCAGCGGCCUCAACUUGUUCAGCGCGACUCCCAAAUUGGCCGUUCCUGCAGAGCUCCAGCCAUGGGGAUGGACGAGUCCUGAUUUCUGGGCGGCCCUCGUAUGUCCUGCCAUGUUCUUGUACCUCAUUGGACCGGUCAAAGGAUGGGCCUGGGGACUUGGCUGGUCCGAAGAAGCAGCGACGGUGUUGAUCGCCAUCUUCAUAACCUCAGUCUUCAUAAUGCGGACAGUGUACAACCUGGGCGGUCAAUCCUCAGCGUCGUCAAGUAGCAAAAAGAUCAAAACUGCUUAGAGCAACGACGUCAUGCAUUGCAUUUGCGACACG